CAUUCCUAUUCGGGGCUCCGGUCUUAGAAAGAUGCAAAAAUUCAGCAGUAAACACGCAGCUCCCUUCUGCGCCGCUCCCUUUUUCUUCUUCUUCUUCGAUAAUAUGCCUACAAAAUUAGCCAUUUUAGCUCACUAAAACCUCCCAUUUUCCCCGUUUUCGAUGUUCAUUAUCCACAUUGGAGCUCGAAUAAUCUGAAUUUGCGCUGUGUAGGGCCCGCUUAUUCGGGUCAGCGCGGAUUUUCUUUUUUUGUUCUACAGAAAAUGACCCUUUAUGUUAAAUCUUCUAAAUUCAUUAUACCCAAAUCAAAUUUCACUUUUUUCCUAUUUUCUUCAAUUAAAAGAUCAGUUUUUUAUAAUGCUAUGAAUAAUAAUGGUAACUGUAGUGGCACUGGAAUCUUCAACAAAGUUGGUUGUUUAGAUAAAAAUCCCCUUUUAGAUUCUGAUAUUCGUAGAUUAAUUUCCAAGAAAAUUGAAGGAAAUGGUUGUUUAAGUUGUUUGAUUUAUGAUUCUUAUUUGUUGGUUAGUGUACUUAGUUCAAUUCGUUGUAGACCAAGUGUUGCAUUGAGAUUGUUUAGGUGGGUUGAAGGGCAAAAAGGGUUUAAGUAUUCCGAGUUUUCGUAUUGUACAAUUCUUGAUAUUUUGAUAAAGAAUGGUUGGAUGAAAUCUGCUUAUUGGGUGGUAGAAAGGGUGAUAAACUGUGAUGUGAAUAGCGUUGUUGAUUUAUUGAUCGAUGGGUAUUUGAAUUUGAAUGUUACUGUUGAAGUACUUAAUCUUUUUUUGAGAAUAUAUACGAAGAAGAAUGAAAAUGUGGAGCAGUAUUUGUUAGUUUUCGAGUUGAUGUUGAGGAAUGAGAUGUUGCCUGAUGUUAGGAAUUGUAAUAGGAUACUGAGGAAUUUGAGGGAUAGGAAUUUGGAAGCGAAGGCGAGGGAGGUGUAUAGGAUGAUGGGUGAGUUUGGGAUUAAGUCGACUAUUGUUACGUAUAAUACGAUGUUGGGUACCUUUUGUAGAGAAGGUGAAGUACAACAGGCGUUGGAUCUUUUAUCGGAAAUGCAGAGAAGGGAGUGUCAUCCGAAUGAUGUUACGUAUAAUAUUUUGAUUAAUGGGCUGUCAAAGAAAGGGGAGUUAGAUCAUGCUAGAGGUUUGAUCGGUGAGAUGUUGAAUAAAGGAUUGAAGGUUUCAGCUCAUACAUAUAAUCCGUUAAUUUAUGGUUACUGUGUUAAGGGAAUGGUUGUUGAGGCAUUGGGGCUUGGAGAAGAGAUGGAGGUAAGAGGAGCUUCACAUACUGUAUCAACUUAUAAUACGUUUAUUUAUGCUCUUUGUCAGCAGGGGCGAGCAAGUGAAGCAAGGCAUUGGUUUUCUGUCAUGUUGAAGAAGAAUUUAGUGCCGGACAUAAUAUCGUACAACACUUUGAUUUAUGGAUACUGUCGGUUGGGGGAUGUUAAUGAGGCCUUUUCCUUAUUACAUGAUUUAAGGAGCGUGAACCUUUUUCCUACAGUGAUCACCUACAAUACCAUUAUGGAUGGACUCUGUAGGAAAGGCGAUUUAGAGGAUGCUAAGCAGCUGAAAGAAGAAAUGAUGAGAUGCGGUAUCUCUCCUGAUGUAUUUACUUACACGAUUCUGGUUCGCGGUUCCUGCAAGGCAGGAAAUUUACCAAUGGCAAAAGAAUUAUUUGAUGAGAUGCUACAGAGGGGUUUGGAGCCCGACUUCUUUGCUUACACAACUCGAAUAGCAGGUGUAGUGAGACUGGGUCACUUAUUGAACGCAUUCAAACUACAAGAGGAGAUGUCAGCAAAGGGAUUCCCACCAAAUAUAAUUAUCUACAAUGUAUUUGUCGAUGGUAUUGCGAAGCUAGGUAAUCUAGAAGAAGCAACUGAGUUGUUACAUAAGAUGGUUGGCGAUGGCCUUAUGCCUGACCACAUAACAUAUACCAGUGUAAUUCAUGCCUACCUCGAAUUUGGGAACCUAAAGAAAGCCAGAGAGUUGUUUGAUGAGAUGAUAAGCAAAGACAUAUCUCCAACGGUUGUAACGUACACAGUGUUGAUUCAUGCACAUGCUGGUAAAGGGAAACUUGAACUUGCAUAUAUGUAUUUCUUGGAGAUGCAACAGAAGAGCAUUCUGCCAAAUGUGAUUACCUACAAUGCAAUGAUAAAUGGCCUUUGCAAGUACAGAAGAAUAAACGAGGCAUACAGUUACUUUUCUGAGAUGAAAGCAAGAGGAAUCAUCCCUAAUAAAUAUACCUAUACCAUUUUGAUAAAUGAGAACUGUGAUUUGGGUAGCUGGCAAGAGGUUUUGAGACUGUUCAAAGAAAUGUUGGAUAAUGGAAUCCAACCUGAUUCUUGUACAUACAGUGCAAUGUUGAAAAAUCUCGGCAGAGAUUAUAAAUCACAUUCCAUAGAAUACCUUGACUUCAUACUUUUGAGUGAUGAAGGUACUGCCGAAGCAAAGAGUUGAGAAAUUCCUGAACAGACACUUUUAUUCUUGGGUGACUAGCUUUCAUUAUUGAUCUUUGUUCUAAAGGCGUCGCACCAUGAGCUUGUCCGUAAUAGCUGCUGGUGGAGUAGAUAGAGCCUGUCAUGGUUCGCUUUGGAUAGGUACCGACUUCCUUUAUUUGGUGGCAAGCAAACACAAAAGUAUAUGCAGCCUACCAGAUAGCACAAAAAUCUAUUGCAGGCUAAUGGCCCACAGAGCUCUGCACCCAAGGGUGUGGCCUAGUGGUCGAUGAAGUGGUUGAGAAUCAUGAGAUCUCAGGUUCAAAUUUCACCCGAGACAAAGGCACCGUGGUUUCUUCCCAUCUGUUCUAACUAGCCUUAGUGGAUAGAAUUAUGUUGUUCCCGUUGCUAGUCGAAGGUGGCAGGUAUUCGCUGAAUUAGUCGAGGUGCGUGAAAGCUGAUCCAGACACGACGAUUAUCAAAAAAGAAAUAGUGCAACUCUGAUUGCAUCUUCCAUAAAAUUCAAUCCUUCAAAGCAUGCUGCUGAUAGUCCCUGUUCCGAAUUUGUUGCAAUUUUUUUUUGAUUAGCAUGAUCCAGAAUUUCCAUGUCAGGUCAAUGUUGUGAUUUUGGGUUUGUUGAAGAAGACCAACAAGCAACAAAAAGAGUUGAAAGGCAAAAUAAUGUUAAAGCUAAUUUUGUAUGAUGGUGAAAGGAUAAGUGGUACGGAUAUAGUUAUAUUUUUUUUUGCUGGUUAAACAAUAUAUAGUUGUAAUAUAUGUUGGUUAUCGUUAGCUUCUGUGUAAGAACAUGAUAUUGAUGUGGUAAUACUACAUAAUAGUGCAACAACACAACUUAAGCAAGCAUAAUGCAACACAAUUAUGAUUUGCUUCUUUA